UUGACUAAAACCGAAAGGAUUAAAGACUGCUGCUCAUGUGCACGAGGUGAGGACCAAGUGCUGACCUUGGAUGGGGCUGCCAGUUGGACGGCAGCAAUUCAGAAGGCUUUAAUGCCUGUCACACCACAGUCCAAUGCCACACAAACUGGGCAUUUGAGCGAGCAGGAAUUUUCUUUACUCUAUCAACUAUUUGCUGAUGAAGAAUUAGGAUCUGGUCAAUUCGGAACUGUUUAUGGGGGUGUUCAACGAAAAACUGGUAAAAAUGUUGCUGUGAAAGUGAUUGAUAAGCAGAAAUUUCCAAGUAACAAAGAGGCUGCAUUAAGAACUGAGGUGGAAAUUUUACAGAAGGUUAGCCAUCCUGGUGUAGUAAGGUUUCAGCAGAUGCUUGAGACACCCGACCGUAUUUUUGUUGUGAUGGAAAAGUUGAAAGGUGAUAUGCUUGAAAUGAUUCUUACCAGUGAAAAAGGCCGACUUUCUGAAAGAAUUGCAGAAUUUUUAAUUUUUCAGGUACUUAUGGCACUUCGUUAUCUUCACAAACAAAAUGUCGUUCAUUGUGAUCUGAAACCCGAAAAUAUCCUUUUAGCUUCUGAUUCAGAUUUUCCUCAAGUGAAAUUAUGCGACUUUGGUUUUGCUCGAAUAAUUGGUGAACGUAGUUUUCGGAGAUCUGUAGUCGGUACACCAGCAUAUUUGGCACCUGAAGUAUUACGCAACAAAGGCUUUAACCGUUCAUUAGAUAUGUGGUCUGUUGGAGUGAUCGUUUACGUCAGUCUCUCGGGGACAUUUCCUUUCAAUGAAGACGAAGAUAUAAACGAUCAAAUUCAGAAUGCUGAAUUUAUGUAUCCACCAAAUCCGUGGCGUGAAAUCAGUUCAACAGCUAUUGAUUUUAUCAAUGGUUUGCUACAGGUCAAAAUGAAUAAACGAUUAAGUGUGAUGAAGGCGUUAAGCCAUGAAUGGUUACAGAAUUAUCAGUUGUGGUCCGAUUUACGGUGUUUGGAACGUGAUGUUGGUGAACGCUAUCUGACGCAUUGUUCAGAUGAUGCACGUUGGGCGGAAUAUGAGAAGACACAUUCCAUAACACCGAUUUAUAACUGA